AUGGCAGAAGAAGUGAAGGAUCUUGACAACAAGAGCCCUCUCCUCCUCCAAUACAAUCCUGUUCAAAAACAAGUUCCAGUGCUUGUGCACAAUGGAAAGCCAAUAUUAGAAUCACUUUUAAUUCUGGAGCAUAUCGAAGAAAAAUGGAAGCAAAAUCCCUUACUACCUGAAGACCCCUAUGAGAAAGCUAUAACAAGUUUCUGGGCAAAAUUCAAUGAUGAAAAGCUUUUGCCUUCAGUAUGGCGGGCUUUCAUUAAACAAGGAACAGAGCAAGAAGAGACAAUUGUUCCAGUUGUGGAGAACCUGAAAUUGGUAGAAGAGCAGCUGAAGGGGAAGAUUUUCUUUGGUGGAGAGAAAAUCGGUUUUAUGGAUCUAGCAUUUGGUUGGAUAGCUAAUUUCAUUAGUGUCCUACAAGAGGUAACUACUCUAAAGGUGAUUGACUCGGACAAAUUUCCACUGUUAUGA